CAGGUAAACAGAAGCGUUGAACCGAGUCAGCAAGCAUUAAACAUGGCCAAGGGGAAAGAGAUAGUUACAGAACACCAGACCACGAUCUUCAAAAAUAUGAGCAAGGACUGCAAACUAGAGAGGCCUCCCAAUCGAGAAGGAAACAUGGAUCUUGAUGUGGACCUAGGUAGCCUCAGCCUCAAUGAGAGUGACAUGGACACGUGUGAAUCUGGGGUAGAGGUGGGCAGCGUGGGUCAAGUGGUCAACACAUGUGUACGACUUGACAGUGUCAAUACAAACACCUGCCCCAGGUUUGUUUCUACAGAUGAAGGAUAUGAAAGCAAGUCAAUAUCUUUCACAGACAGAAUGUCCAUUCAGGAGACUGAGAACAACAGACUUGUGACAUCCAUGAGAUCGGUUGAUGUCUUUCAGGUGUAUCAUCAAGAUAAAGAUGGCGACACGGAUCUACAUACUGGAAUCAUUCAAGGACAUACAUCUCUGGUGUUGUUGUUUAUAUCGGCGGCGCCGAACUAUGAGUGGUUGAACAUUACAAAUUUGCUUCAACAGACGCCCCUCCAUCUCGCUGUUAUUACUCGUCAGGUGAAUAUAGUCCGGCGACUGAUGACGGCCGGAGCAAGGGUUGACGUUACAGAUAUCCAUGGCAACACACCACUUCACAUAGCAUGUCGGGAGGAAUACCAGGAGAUCGUGGAGUGUCUUCUGAGACCUGUUUAUUAUGAGGAGACACUUCUGAACCAGUAUGAGCUACCAUACCAAAGGAUACCCCAGGAUUUGGAGAAAAGGAACUUCGAUGGACAUACGUGUCUUCACCUGGCCGCCAUGUCAACAUAUCUCAAAGUUCUUGAACUACUUCUGUCUAAGAAAGCUAGCAUCAAUGUGCGUGACGGCACCAGCGGAAGGACAGUUCUCCAUUACGCUGCUGAAACCGGAAACAGAAUUCUUCUUCACUUCCUGUUGUCACAGCGCCAUCUGGACAUUUGCUGCAGGACAUAUGGGGGUCUGACGCCUCUUCGUCUUGCUGCAGGGAGGGGGUUCGGGGAUGUCGUUUCCAUCCUCCUCGCCAACGGUGCAGACGUCACAGAGAUAGACGGUUCAGAUCAGUCAGACGAAGAAGUAUUUGAUGACCUUUGUAUCAAUGGACACCCAGUUGCUUUGUAACCAACCUACAACUGUUAAGUCACAUCAUAUGGAAGGUGCAUAUAUACAAUGUUUGAUAAAGAACACCACUUGUCUGUUAUCUGAAAAAUGUUUUUAUAAUGACUUAUAAUCGAGACUGGUUAUUCUCUGGCUUUAACGGGUUUUUUUUCUAUUGUUUAUACCUUGGUUACUUUACAUGCUGGAGUCAAUCGAGGAACUAUAUAAGGGAUAUUCAAUGACGAUUCCUAAUGAAAAGAUUACACCAGUUUCUUUGCAUGUAUCACAUGUUGUGACUAAAUCUCUAUCUGCAAACUACCUCAUUUCAUCUGAAAAUUUGUGCCAAACAGAAAAUACUUGUGAUUACUGUCAAAAUGACUGACACCCACAUCGGGUGAUUUGGUUAUUCUUCAUGACAAAUACUAUGCUUGAUAAUGCGUGUGAAUGGUUGUUUUUAUGGUACACGCAAUGGUCAGUCAAUAAUGGCAUUGGUUGCUUUGUGUUGGUAUAUGUUUGUAUAAUCUUAAUAAAUCGCAAAAGUAACUACGAUGAUGUUCUUAUCUAGAGAUAUUUCAUUUUUUUGUGAAGUGACCUAAAGAUGCUUUCCAGGUUUUGUAUUAUUUAUACAAGUUGUAGGGAAUUUCUUGGGAUUUUUAUAUUCAUUUCAGCUAUUUGGAAGGACAGAAGAAGUUAUAUUUUCCUUUUGAUCAAUCUGUAAAACCACAUGGUCCCUAUUAACAUAAAUAUGGUUAGUUUAAGAUUAUUAUUAAAGUUAUUACAUCACUGUUUCUUUUGCUUUUGAAAAUUUAUUUUAUUUAUGUGAUAUUUUUCUUUGCCACUAUUUAUUGAUAGUACCUUAUUAUUUGACUUUAUGUGUGUUACAUCACGUGUCUUGUGAUGAGAAAGGUCACACCAGGACAUUAUUUUGUUAAUGCUUAAUAUGUUUGUGAAUGUUAUUAUGUGAACUGAGUUUCAUGGUUGUUGUUGGAUAUGCUUUUACUUUUGUGAAUAUUUAAACAAUGUUUGUAUGGUUCAGAUAAUAUGGAUGUAGUUAAUGUUUACAUAAUGUUUACACGCUAAUAAACAUAUACA